GUACGAACAUUAGCUGUAAUUAUGAUAUAAAUACUGUAUAUUAUACACACCUUCAAUUUAAAAAUGUUUAACCUCAUCGGGUCCCGCUGUAGUUUUUGAGCACAUUAUUAUGGCGCAAACUGCUAAAUAACAUUUCAACAAAUAACAGUAAUUUACACGAAUGUGCAGUCUUGUAACGUAAGUGAUAACGGUACGUGUCAUCCGAUCACAAUUCAACGCUGCUAGUUUUGUCCAAUCAGUGACGAGCUGAGCUUCACCAUCAUUUUGCUAACAACGAGCGAGCUGGACGAGCUAUCCUCACACAUUCGUAAGGAUCGUUUCUUGUUUUGUGUGUGUGUGUGUGUUUUUACGUGAAUUUACAUCUCAAUCCAGAGGACUACACCGAAGUGUUGAAAAGAGGUGUAUACAGCAGCAGUGAAAGUUUGGCAAACCUAAAGUUGACAUAGUUUUCAAGAAUUCAAACGUGAGUCUCAUCAGAACUGGCGAAGAGAAGUCGGACUUUUCUAAGGAUGCAGUUCAUGCUGCUGUUCAGCCGCCAGGGAAAGCUGCGCCUACAAAAGUGGUACGUGCCUCUCUCUGAUAAGGAAAGGAAGAAGAUCUCCAGAGAUCUGGUUCAGACCAUCCUGGCGAGGAAGCCCAAAAUGUGCAGCUUUUUGGAGUGGAGGGACCUGAAGAUUGUCUACAAGAGGUAUGCCAGCCUGUAUUUCUGCUGUGCAGUUGAGGAUCAGGACAACGAGUUGAUCACCCUGGAGAUCAUCCAUAGAUAUGUGGAGUUGUUGGACAAAUAUUUUGGCAGCGUGUGUGAGCUGGAUAUCAUCUUCAACUUUGAGAAGGCCUACUUUAUCCUUGACGAGUUCCUGCUGGGUGGAGAGGCCCAGGAAACCUCCAAGAAGAAUGUUCUGAAAGCCAUCGAGCAGGCAGACCUGCUGCAGGAGGAGGCGGAGGCCCCACGGAGUGUUUUAGAAGAAAUCGGGCUGACAUAGGCUUAACGUGACCUGGACCAGCGCUGGCACAUCAUCUUCUCUCCCGUUUACUGUCAGUGUUGUACUCGUUAUGUAUGUACUCUAUGUAUGUGUAAUCAACAUGUCUGUGCUGUAUUCUUCUCAACUGCGCUUUCUUGUAACGUCCCGUGACAAGAGUGGUUCAAUUAAUGCGUCUCCACUGCAGCAGCUUCCAUAGUCAAGUCGUCUUCUGUGCGACAUCUUGCGAGACCAAUGUAGCAACAUGAACAUCGCCUCGGUAUCAAAUAGUGUUCAAUCAAUCUUCCUUUCCUGUUGUGGUUCUUCUGCUCCAUCUGAGAAAAGGAUUCUCAAAUAAUUCAGCUUUUAGUACAUUCAGUUGUUUUCAUUGUUGACGUUUUAAGUGUUGUGGAAACUUACGAACGUACACGUUUAAAUCACAAUUGGGGGGGUUUUCGAGCUCUCCUCAGAAAAGCAGACAAUUUCAUGUAAUUAUGACAAUGCAAAUCUGCCCAUACACUGACCCAAUCGGAAACGACACACUUGCGAAAUUCAGUUCAAAAUAUGUUCUUUCUGUGCAGUGUCAUGUUUGUAAACCUUAAUACAUUUUUAUUUUCUAGUCACGUCCAGGGAGAAAUGAGUACCUACUGAAACGUGACCCAAAUCCAAAUAGUUCUAUUUUCUGUAUGACAAUGCUUUGGUUUACACUCAAACCCUGGCAUUUAUGACCAAAGAACUGUGUGUUUUAUUUGACCUUCUUAAUGGUGUCUACGGAAACCUGUUGUGACUAAAAAGGGAUCUAUUAUUGUAAGAUCGGUGGAGCAAAGUAUUUUUUCAUUUCAAUUUAAUGCAAGACACUUGACAAUUGUCUACUUCUCUGUAUGCAGCAGCAAAAGUAACUAAAAAGUGUCACAUUGCUGAAUCAGGGGGGGAAAAAAAUGCUGCCACCUGGUGUUCGUGCAAAAAAUUCAGUAUUCAUCCAACAAAUUAACUUGGAUCUUUAAUUUCUGAAAAAGAAACCAGUUUUGUAUUCAGCAUCCUAUUGACAUUUAAAUUUGACAGUAUUUAAUAAACAUCCUCAAACUGAAACCAAUGUUUCCUCUUUUUGCAGUUUAACGUCGAUACAAAACAUUUUCCAUCAAUCAUUUAAAAAUUGCAACUGCUCACUUGAAAUCUCCAAAAAUUGGAAGAAGUUUCGUUGAUCAAGAGCACUGAUGAGGAACAUGCAUCUAAGAAUGUUUUCACACAUUCAGUUGCAAGACAUGAUUCGUAAGGAGCUUAUUUGGCCUUUACAGCUUCUUGUAAAAUGUAUUCUUUGUGUACAUCAUGUGAAAGUAUACAGCUAGAGUAGAGUCACAGCAGUAAGAUAACCUUGCGGUAGGUAAUAGGACUAAAUGGAAGUUUAGUGUGGGUCAUCAUUUUUGGAGUAGUUGCAGCAAUCCACAGGUCUCGAUUCGAUUCAUGUACUGCGAUUCUGUUCAUUGUCAUUAAUCGUCCUGCUAUGUUUUGUUCUGUAAUCAAUCAAGUUAUAUUUAAGCUAUGCAAAUAACCACUGUGUGCUUGGCUAGAGGAGGAUAAAUAGAGUAGCUGUCAUAAAUUACUGUACAGAGAAUAUCAAGUUUUCACAAG